AUGCUAAUGGACGAAACCUACACAGCAAGUCAAUUGCAGGAGCACGAGAUGAAGAUUUAUCUGAGCGAGCAGUUGGUGCAAAGUGGCGAGAAGGAGCGACUGAAGGAGAUGCUGCGUCUCGAGCUCGUGCAGUGCGGCUGGCACGAAGAAAUGAAGCAGUUGUGCAAAGACGUGAUUCGGAACAAAGGCAUCGAAUGCGUGACAGUAGAGGAGUUGAUUGAAGCGAUCGUGCCACGCGGAAGAGCGUCAGUGCCCGAAGCCGUAAAGAGCGCCACUCUCGAGAAGAUCAAGACGUUCGUUGCGAACGAAAUUAACGACAACGAGGCGACAACGACGAGCGGAAGAAAAAAGAACGGUCAGCAGCUGGUGGACGUCGACGAUGGUGCGACCGACUAG